AUGCUCUGGGUUGCCGCCUUGGAUGACCGUGCUUUCGCCUUGCCCAUCUCUCCGCCACAGCGCAAGAAGAUCUGCCAGUUUCUGUGCGCCCUGACAAUCAGACUACUCCGCCCAUUAAUCCACGUUUCAUUCAAGGACUCAGAGGGCGCAACCGCGAGUGAGGCCGCCUAUGCCGGUCUUGGACCAGAAGGUCCGCCGACAACCGUUCAUCAUCCGUUUGAAGCUGGAGGAGACGACAGGGGCCUUGUUGGUCCAGCGGGUUCGUUGGACGAUGUAAUUACUUACAUCCACGUGGCUUCGAUAAUUUCAUCGAGCGAACAGAAAGCAGCAAGCAUGAGAUGGUGGCAUGCCGCAUUUACUCUAGCCCGAGAGCUCAAGCUGAAUCAAGAGAUCGAGGUAGUGCCUAAUGAGGAUAGUCACCACACGGAUGGCUCUAGUCCGUCCUUCGACUAUUCGUUGGCCGGCUGGAGUGGCGUCGACACCGGCCCCUUUUUUGAUUACUCAAACCCUGCUCGGCCAAGCCUGAAUUGCGUAUGCGAUCGGAGCCACGAUGUACGUACCACAAUUACCGAAGAGCAUCGCGAGGAGCGGCGACGGACAUGGUGGCUACUAUACAUCAUGGAUCGUCACCUUGCGCUUUGCUACAACCGCCCAUUAGCAUUGCUCGACGCGGAGAGUGAAGACUUACUUUUGCCACUGGAUGAGGGAUCGUGGCAAGCGGGUAAUAUCCAUAGCAACAGCCCUAAGACUGACGGACCACAAUGUCUGCUGUCUGGUGAGAAGAACAAACGCCGCGUCUUCCCCAACUUUGUCUGCCACGAUCAUUCGAUUUUUGACCUGAAUCAAGCACGGAAUCACCCGAUGCUCGGUACGCGAUUUAAUGGCAAAGAUGCAUGGGAUAGCCACGUCAGUGAGGUACUACGACAGCUUGAUAUCUACAAAGCUAGUCUUACGACCUUUGCGGCCAUCGCCUCUGAUCCUGAUGGCCCUAUGCCUGGUGCUUUUCCUCCCAAGCCCGAUCAGCAGCCGACCGAAGCUUCGCUUGCGCAAGCGUAUGCGUGGCAUACACAGACGGUGAUCUCUUACGCAUCAUACCUGGUUCAUGUGCUCCACAUCUUGCUUGUAGGGAAAUGGGACCCGGUGUCACUUAUCGAAGACAAGGACUUCUGGACGUCUUCCCCUGCAUUUGCUUCGACCAUCUCCCAUGUGUUAGAGGCUGCGGACUCGGUGGAUCAUAUCCUACGAUAUGACCCUGAUAUCAGUUUUAUCCCAUAUUUUUUUGGAAUCCAACUUUUACAAGGCAGUUUCCUUCUGUUGCUGAUCGUGGAGCGAUUGCAAAAAGAGGCGGGGGAUGGGAUUCUAAAUGCGUGCGAGGUGAUGAUCCGUGCAACGGAAUCAUGUGUUGUCACUCUGAAUACGGAAUACCAGCGAAAUUUCCGACAGGUCAUGCGGAGUGCAGUGGCUCAGGCGCGCGGGCGCCCCGUUAAUUACAGCGAGAUUCGACACCGACGCAAAGCUGUGUUAGCGCUGUAUCGAUGGACACGAAAGGGCACGGGGUUGGCCCUGUGA